AUGCCUUUUGACUUUCGACGCUCAAACUCUGACAGCUCUGACCAUUCAAUUGAUACUCCCCCACCCAAUACUCCAAUACGUACUACUAAUCCCGCACUCCCGAAUCCCUUAACCACAGCCACCACUACCACGGCAACAAAUCCCAAAUACCGAUCAAAAAGAAAACAAACAGGAAACUCUCAAAGUAGCUCAGUUGAAGAAAUAACUACUACAGCUGAUGAAACAACUCUGACCGACCUAACAAUUGAAACUCAAAGUUGA